GAAACUACCAUGACCAAAAAUUUAUACUAUCUCGCAGUGGCAAUAUUGGAUUCUUUGUUUGCUAUGUCAUUGCAUGUAAACAAAGUAGAAAGAAACAGAUAGAUAUGUUCGACUCUAGUGUAAGCGGGAAAGGAAAAUAAUUACUGAUAAAACAAUGACAGCUGAGUUCAGCUGAUCGUAAUGUAAAUCGUUCUUUAUUUGUUGUGUAUUCGAUGUAUUUUAAUGAUUUUAUGUGUGAACGGACACAGUAUAACCACUUGUUUUAAACAUUAAUAUUUCAUACUAUCAACAUAAUAAAAUUACGACACUUGCAAUUUAGAAACAUUACAAUUUUGUAGAACAGUUCGACGCCUUUUUAACCAUGGCUUUACUAUUUAAACAAGAUGAUUGCUAUUUGAUUGAUCACAGAGAAUAUAUAACCGGCGUUUAUAACAACACAACGGUGAAUGAAAAUAAAUCGGCUUCAUUCAGCGUUUUAGCAAAACUUUUCUCUAUAGUUCACGAAAAAGAAAUGGAAGUUAGUAGAAAAAGGGGUCACAAUUCUGAUAUUAUAAAUAAAGAGACUGUUUUAGUAAAAAGUAUUUAUGCAAAGUUUAAGCAAGAAGUUCCAUUUAAAAUAAUGGAUAGCCUCAAAAGUAAAUAUAAAUUGAUAGACACAUCUGGUGUAAGAGAUCUUUCUAAACAAUUAUUUGAAUCAACCAUAUUUGAGUUGACCGGUGUAAACGGGGGUAAUAAUUCUGAAACAUCUCUUAAGUGUCGAAUACAAGGAAAGGACUUUUUGGUGCCAUAUAAUUCAAGAUUCCGCUGUGGAGAUGUAAAAGAGCAAUGCCAGAAGUUGGAAGGUAGUAAAUUUGACAUAGUUGUAGCUGAUCCUCCUUGGUGGAAUAAAUACAUAAGAAGACUAAAGAAUUCUAAUGAUAAAUUAAGUUAUUCAAUGAUGUACAAUGAGGAUAUAGCAGCAAUACCAGUACAAAACCUCCUUUCUGACAACUGCCUUGUUGCAGUGUGGUGUACAAACGCUCCAAGCAAUGUUGCCGCUGUUAAAAAUAUAAUAUUUCCUAAAUGGGGAGUUGAGUAUAUGGCAACUUGGUACUGGUUGAAGGUAACAGUGGAUUUACAGCCAUUGUGCCCUUUUGGUUCAGGUUGUAAUAAGCAGCCAUACGAGAGGAUAAUAUUGGGCAAAGUGGGUGAUGUAAAGGAGGUUCCUGAUGCCCAAUUGGUCGUAAGUGUGCCCAGUGCUUUACAUUCGCACAAACCACCACUUUUAGAUAUUUUGUCUUCUUUCGUUAAAAUAGAAAAGGCACAAACACUAGAACUAUUUGCGCGAUAUCUUCUCCCGAACACUACAAGCGUGGGGUACGAGCCCUUGAAAUGGCAACACGAAUCGUUAUUUGAAGAAAUAGAUUGACAAUAAAGUAAAGUAUAGGAAACGAA